GAGCAGCCGCGGGCACCACCGGCUCCGCAGCCCCUGGGCACCGCACCCCUGCGGCUGCCGGGCCCGCCCCGCCCCGCCCGGGUUUGCCUUUGCUGCCCUCUUCCCGAGCCGGGCGCGGCGAUGGCUCGGGGCCUCGGCUGGCUGGCGGCGGCCGCGCGGCUGCGGCGGCUGCUGCUGCUGCUGCUGCUCCUGGCGCCCAGCUCCGAGGCCGGCUGCGCCGAGCUGGGGCGCUGCUGCCGGGGCAGAGACCUGGCUUGUGUCAGCAGCGGCUGGAGACCGGACCGAUCCCACGGCGCCUGCUACUGCGACCAGGCGUGUCCCCGCACCAUGGACUGCUGCCACGACUACCCGCGGGCCUGCCCAGAGGUCUCCUGUGCUGUAUCCGAGUGGAGCGACUGGAGUGGCUGUGCAGAGCCUUGCCGAGCAACAUACCGAGUUCGGAGGAGACACGUCGUGCAGGAGCCUAGAAAUGGAGGUGAGGUGUGUCCUCCUCUGGAGGAGAAGGCCGGCUGUGUGGAGUACUGGAACCAGGAAGGAGCUGAGUGCAAACAGUCCCUUAUUCCAGCAUUAAUAACCACAGAAGGUUAUGGGAAAGCAAGGAAAAAGAGAGCUGCAUUCAGCGAAAAUGAAGGAGCAGGAUAUUGUGUCGAAUUCCAGAUCACUGCCAUUAUGAAAGGCUGUUUGCAGGGGAACAGUUCCUAUACUCAGUGGAUGCGAUAUCUCAGCGAGGGGCACACAGUCUGCGUGGAGUGCCAGCAUCCGGCCCUGGAUUCCAGGAGUCUGCAUUGCUACGGGGAUGGCAGUGGAAGCAAAAAGAAUCGGCUGCUGCACUGGCAGGCUAUGGGGAAUCCCCAGUGCAGAGGAACCUGGAGGAGAGUUCGCCAGCUGGACACUUGCUCCUGUCCUUCCGUUCACAGCUUCUUGUUCAUCUAACCCUUCUGAACUGGCCCAGCGUCUCCAAGCCUGAGCCACAUGAUCGUGGCUUUGGCACAAAGAUUGAAGUAACAACCCCACCCCACCCCACCUGCUGAUCAGUCAGUAAAGCCCCUCUUGGACUGCUUCAAGGAGGUUGCCACCUGCUGAGGCUGAAAUAUCCACCCAUGCUCCUGGCUCUCUGAAGAAGACAGGCUGACAAAGCAACUUCAGUCUUUUUCCCCACACUUCCUUCCAUGAAUGUCCCCUGUGCCUAAGAGCAGCCACCCUGACUUGGGCCAUCAGUCAGUUCUCUUCUCUACUUCCAAGUUCCUCCUUCCCUGAGACUUGCCAGCGAGAAGCCACCAAAUAAGAGAAUUCAAAAAAGAAUUUACAAUACAUGUAUUGUUUAAAAACCUACCUAAGUAGCCCACAAGAGACCUGCAAAAUGAGUCCACUCAAACUGCCUCCUCUCCGUACAGAUAACUUCCCUGCCUGGAGGGCACUUCAUUGCCACCCCCAUUCCCCCCCAUGCUUUUGCUAUUUUAUGUUGGGUUCCUGGUAGCUACAGCACUGGCCCCUAUUGAAAUUUGGGGCAAAGCUCUCAUUUACUUCAAUGAGAGGCAUUUUGAGCCCUUAGAGACUGAUCCUGAAGGGUGCUGAGUGCCUCCUGGAUGUUUCUGGGCACCCUCCGCUCCCAAUGGGCUGGAUCCUGCUUCCACUGAGGUAUAUAUUUAUGAGAGGGUUGCUUGCGAUAGCAGGGGACUGGACUCGAUAACUCAGGCCAUCCCUUCCAGUCCUCUGUUCAUUUGUGCAAAGUUUCCAUUUCGGGAUCAGGCCUGUUGAACCCAAUGGGAGUUGAGGGUGCCAUGGAGAAUGGAGUCCUUUGAUUUCAGGCUUCACAGAUGUGGAGAUAACAUGGUCCAUGCUCCUUGAAGUGCCUAAAACACCUUUGGGGUGUAUAGAAAAAGUAGCCAUUUCAUGUGCAACUGGGAGAUAACUGUUCCUUUUUAUUUGCACAUGGAACUGUUUGAAGUAUUUUCUUUAUAAUGGUUGGGUUUUGUUAUAACACUUUCCUGUAGUAAAUAAAGAGAUGCUGGAGACAUUCUAA